UGUGCCACCACACUUCGAGGCUCCAAGCGAAUGUGUGCCAUGGCGCACUGAGCUGCCGCGCGCGGUGUGAGUCAGAGGCUUCGAGGAGUCCCCAGAGCCUCGGAGACGGCACUCUGUCGCUCAGCCCGCUUCAGCGCUCUGCCUGCCUGCUCUGCCUCUCACGGAGAUGUCAGGCUCGGAGGGUCCGAACGGCACCGGCGCGUCUCCGGCAUCGAACUACGAAUGGAGAUACGAAUACUAUGACGAAGAGGAGCCGGUGUCUUUUGAGGGACUCAAGGCGCACCGCUACUCUAUAGUGAUCGGCUUUUGGGUCGGCCUGGCUGUCUUUGUCAUCUGCAUGUUUUUCUUGCUCACACUUCUGAUCAAGACUGGAGCUCCACAUCCUAACAGUGAACAGCCAUGUGAGAAGCGGCUGCAUCUGACUGGCUACAUGGACACCAGCUUUAACAACGGGCCCCCUCCCGCCCAGCCUAGUGGUCCGGACUCCUCCUGCUCUCCCUUCCGGUGUUAUGUUUCCAGGGAGGGUCAGGUGAGCUCCAGAGCCCUGCGGACCUCAGCCGGCGGUGGGGGUGGAGGAGCGUCAGGAGGCUGCCACAGGAGGCCCAGCAGCAGCCUGGAGGUGGGGGGCAGCGCACUCCUGCAGGAGCUAGCAGUGACACCUGACAGGACGGGGAAAGAAGCGAUCCCGCUGGCCCGCUUCAACAUCCCAAACUGUGUGAACUCUGAGCAGAGCUCAACUGUAGGAGAAGACAACCUGCCGCUGCCGAAACCGAAUGGCCACAGUGAUUUCACAUAGGCCUGGAGAGCUGAGGGCAGCUACUCAUCAAAUGGGCUAACUUAGGUGAUAUCUAAGGACACCAGUCAGUGAAUAUUUUAAUGUCUGGAAGUGUAAACACAUCAUCCCUCCACAUUUAGUUAAAAUCAAACCAAUGGUCACAAAAUACACUGACUGGCCUAACCAGGGAGUCUGUGCUCACCAGAAACACUUUCCAUCUUAUUUGUGGACAUUCUUUGUCUUGAAUGGUGUGAAAUCAGCUGUUUUGGUGUCUGGUUGGACUGAAAAGCUGUAGACGGGCAGCCAUUCCUGAUCCUUGGUUCGAGAAUCAAUAAUCUAGCUAUAGAAAACUGCAACAUACAAAAAACAGCAAGUCCCACGCAUUAUCUGUAAAACAUGUUAGUGUUUUCCCUGACAUUUCAUGCAGAAAACGUAAGACGCUGUUUGAGGUACGUCCAGGUUGCCCUGCUCAGCCCUCUUCCAUUACAACUGGGUUGAGAUGUAGAAAGUUGAACUGCUUCACUUCCUCUGCCCCUUUUAGUGCUUUGUGACUGAAGCAGCCAAAGAUAGGAUGUGGCGUCCAUGAGUGAUAUGACCUAUACACAGAUGAGUCAAAACAUUAUGACCACCCCUGCGUGAUAUACUGUUGUUUAACUUAAUGCAAAUGAGGGUGAAAUUUUCCUUGUGGAGAACCAGUGCUUAGCUGAAAAACUCACAACAAAGAAACGGUGCAGCGGUUGGCUUAGUAGGUUAAGGGUUUACCUUUUGUGGAUACAUGACUGUGGAGAAGAUCUUUGUUGGACUUUCUAAGAUCCUUGUAAUCCUGGAGUCCCUGCCCUCUGGCAUUUCAGGUAAAAACCAAAAUGAAGUGCUGCUUGGUACAACGUCACUGAAAUUGUUGGAGAAAGUGCAGCUAGCUUAUUUACACAAUGUUUGUCAAUGAGCACGGUGCUCGCUAGCUUGGGAACGUCCACGUCCACAGCGAUGAGUGAGAAACAGUGGAGGCAGUCUUGUGAGAUUUGUUUGCUUCCAGUGGAUCGUCACUGUAUUGUAUCCUAGACCUUGACAUGUGCCGUUGUUAUCAAACAAUACGCGUUAUUCACUUCAUCUGUGAGUGGUCAUAAUGUUUUGGUUCAUCAGUGUAUAGUCGGCAACAUGUUGCGGAGAUGGAACCAGAUGGUGAAGUUUAGGUUAGGGUUUAACCCCUGAUGUGUUAAAGGGCAAAAGUACUGCAUGUCAUUUAUCAAAUGUAACUAAGCACCAAAAAUCUGAGAAUGUGUAGCAAAGAUACUGUCUUUAAGUUGAUAAAAUAAUUUAUCAUUUUUCCAUGUAACGAGUUUCUGUAUUAGCCUUGUUAAAAUAUGCUAAAUGCUGUAGUUAUGACCCUCUGCAGCAGAUUUAUAAAGAUUUAUACCUCCAUCUUCACCAAAAUAAGACAAUGUAUCAAGCAGAUCUGUCAAAUA